AUGUCUGGACGUGGGAAGCAGGGCGGCAAGGCUCGCGCCAAAGCCAAGACCCGGUCCUCCCGGGCCGGCCUGCAGUUCCCCGUGGGUCGUGUGCACCGGCUGCUCCGCAAGGGCAACUACUCGGAGCGCGUGGGCGCCGGCGCCCCAGUGUAUCUGGCGGCCGUGCUGGAGUACCUGACGGCCGAGAUCCUGGAGCUCGCAGGCAACGCAGCGAGGGACAACAAGAAGACACGCAUCAUCCCGCGUCACCUGCAGCUGGCCAUCCGCAACGACGAGGAGCUCAACAAGCUGCUGGGCCGCGUGACCAUCGCGCAGGGUGGCGUCCUGCCCAACAUCCAGGCCGUGCUGCUGCCCAAGAAGACCGAGAGCCACCACAAGGCCAAGGGGAAAUAGGACCAGCCGUUCACUCAUCCAGAACCAAAGGCUCUUUUCAGAGCCAUCCACAAUGUCUUUUAAGAAGCUGUUGACUCAAUGCCAAACCAAGGCACCCGGCCGCGUAAUCCUGACACAAAAGUGGCCUGGAAGGGCUGCAUCUGGGUGUAGGUGUUUGAAAGCUAUUGUUGAAUCUUAAUCCAUCCGGGUUUCUGCAUUUAUAUCAUCAUGCACUCUUAACUCUUUCUUGUACUUAAGUUGUACCUACUUUAACUGAGAUUGAAAUUUAAAUACUGCCAAUAUUGAUAACUAGAUACUCAAUUUAAUUUUAAGGUUCAGAAGCUUUUUAUUUGUUUUGGAUUUUUGUGUUUCUGGUCACCGUGUCCUGACAGCCCUGUCUGCCUUUCAACUCAUUUUGUAAAAACAAGCUGACCUUGAACUCGGUGUGCCAGGCCGCGUCU